AUGCGGCCAGAAGUCAACUCCGUGUUCCUAAACGGCCAUCUCCCCGAGUUCGUGCGAAAUCUGAAAUUGCCACUGAGCACUACCAAGCUCGGUGCCUUCGGGUACUCUCUCGGCGGCGCAGCGGCCCUCGGCUCGCUCCAAACCCACGACCAGAUCGUCUCCGGACUGAAUCUUGACGGCACCCUUAUUGGGAUCCUAGCGCUAAACAGCAGCGCCGCCGACGAGCGGAAGCCGGCGUUCCUAAUAGGCCACGAAGGCCACGGGGAUGUUGGAACGGGCGAUACUACUUGGGUGACGUUCCCGGGGCGGCAGACGGGCUGGCACCGGAAGAUCAAUAUCAACGCGACGACGCACCAUGACUUCUUCGAUGAUACUUUCUGGAAGACACUCGAGGUCGGUUCUGACCCCCACGCGGGCCUAAUCGAUGGUCUCGAGCAAGUUAAGGUUCUGAACGCUUAUGUCAAGGCUUUCUUUGACUUCACCUUGCUGGGCAAAGAAUUCUCCUCUCUUAGACGGCCCCUCGCCCGAGUUUCCGGGAGUUGUUUUCUCUACCUAGUGUGA